AAGCACUCCACUGAAAACUCAAAGUGACAUCUCUGAAAUUUGAAAGGGAUGGGGAAUGGUGUACCGGCAUCCGCAGACAAGGAGGAAGCUGUUGAUAAAGUUUUCGUAGCAGCACAUCAAGUAGUUCAUGAUGCUUCUGACAUGUCUGACCGUGAGAAGCGUUCUACGUGUAACGUCAUAGCAGACAAUUUACCAACUGACGGGUGGCAGCAAUACAUGGUUGAGGCACACAACGAACGAAGAUUUAAUGAGGCCGUUACAUUUGGAAUUUCUGACGAGAAUAAGCUGACAUACAACCAAGAGUUAGCCAUGAUGGCUCAGUUCCGAGCUAACAAGUGUAUCUGGGACCAUGGGGAUUACAUUGAUUGCAACGGUAAUGUGGUUGGCCAGAAUAUGUACUACGUUAGUGGGUCAGAAUAUCAUCCGAUAGACAAUGAGAUAACCGAUAGAGCUUUGGUUGGGUGGUACGAAAAUGAGAAACCGCAUUACGAUCCAAGUUCCACCUCUUGUGCCGAGGGAAAAGUUUGUGGCCAUUACACUCAGGUCAUAUGGGCGGCUACAGAGAGGAUGGGUUGUGGCGCCAGAAUGUGUGAAACACUCUAUGGGGGAGAUGGGGUUACCGUAUAUAGGAAUUCAAAACAUACUCUGGUUGUAUGUAACUAUUCCCCACCAGGAAACUAUGUGGACAUGCCACCAUUCAGCCAAGGACCAUUUUGUAGUAAAUGUAAGGGUGACACCGGCUACUCUUGCUCCAACGGUGUACUCUGUACCAAGUGCGAUCAUAGGAUUGAUGUUGACUGUGUGUGUCCUAAUAAAGCCAAGUGUGGGGAAAAUGGUGGAACUAUCGACCCAAAUGGAGCGCAAUGCAUCUGUGAUUGUGGUGACCCCUCUUUAUUAGGCGAGGCCUGUGAAAUUAACUGCAACUCAAAACAAGGGGAUGUGCUGGACGAAAGUAGUUGCACCUUUUGGAAAGGCUCUGGCUUUUGCGCAGCUGAGAGUGUUUACAGUGCGUUCAUGCAACAAAACUGCAAAGAUACGUGCGCAUGCCCUUAGAAAGUAAUGCUAAGGACCAAGGACAUGUAAGAAGAACUAUAAAGGAUGAUGACGAUAGCAAAAACGACAAAGAUGGCGUUCCGAUCAAAUAUUCCACAAGGAUACAAUUCCAAAUGAAAUGGACUAUGACUUAAACACAGUUUCCUCAUAUUUGACAAGAAUUUUGAAAUCAAAUAAUACGUAACAAUAUGAGCUAUUUAGUAAUUACAUAAUGCAGGAUCGUAACAUGAAUCACAUCUUAUUUUGGCUACUUCUGCUCUAAGAUAUUGCUCUUGAAAUAUAUUCUCUUUAUUAUACUGUGUUUAUUAUUCCAUUAUGUCGGAGACCUUUGAAUAUUGCGUGAUGUGAGCCAGAUGUAAAUCGCAAUGACCAUGAGAUACCUCAGUUUAUAUCCAAAAUUCAAGAUAGAUGGUUAUGAAACCAAAAAUUAAAAGGAAAUAAUUCUAACUAUGAUUGAUUAUCCAUUUAACUCUGCUACCUUGCACCAAGUGUCCUUCCAACUUGUCUACUUCCACAGCUAACUGCCACCCCUUCUACACAUCCAUCUCCAUAAAUGGUGAACUAUAGUCAGACAAAGAUGUUUCUUAAUAUAUGGUAACCUUUCGUAAAUGUAUUGUUUUUAUUAAAGUAUCACAGGUAACUCCUUCAUAUAGUAUACACAAACACAAAAUCCACUAAUGGCUUAUGCAGUCCUGGAAAAAUAGUCCGGGACUAUAUUAUCUAGAAAAACAAGGCUGAG